UGCGCACUGACGCCUCUUCACUCUCAGAGACACACGGAGCGUCUACACACACACACACACACACACACACGCGCGCGCGCAGCUUUAUCUGAAUUAAGACGCGCACGUUUUUUGUAUCAUUCUUUCUGCUUCACACUUCUUUUUUUGGCUAUCGAUUUGGUCAUAGAGCUCCUCGUAGGCAGUUGAGGGAUUAAGUCGCUGUCAUGUCUUUUUACUGAGGACCCUCACCGUGCUAUGAUGGAUACUAUCGGAGUUUCAUUUCUAGACCCCCUGAAGGACUAUGAGAUCAUACAGAGGAUCGGAAGUGGCACAUACGGUGAUGUGUUUAAGGCAAGGAACAUCAAGAACUCGAAAAUGGCUGCUAUUAAAAUUGUUAAGCUAGAUCCAGGAGAUGACAUCACAUCUAUUCAGCAGGAGAUAACCACAAUGAAGGAGUGCAAGCAUAAGAAUAUUGUGGCCUAUUAUGGCAGCUACCACAGAAACACAAAGCUGUGGAUAUGCAUGGAGUACUGUGGAGGUGGGUCAUUGCAAGAUAUCUACCAUGUGACUGGGCCACUAAAGGAGAAACAGAUUGCAUAUAUAUGUAGAGAAACUUUGCAGGGUUUAAAUCAUCUCCACGAAACUGGCAAAAUUCAUCGUGAUAUUAAGGGUGCCAAUAUACUUCUUACUGAGCGAGGAGAUGUCAAACUGGCUGAUUUUGGAGUUGCUGCAGAGAUCAGUGCCACAGCUGCCAAGAGGAAAUCUUUUAUUGGAACGCCCUACUGGAUGGCCCCUGAGGUUGCAGCUGUGGAGAAGAAAGGUGGCUAUAACCACUUGUGCGACAUUUGGGCGGUAGGCAUCACUGCCAUUGAGCUGGCAGAGCUGCAGCCACCCAUGUUUGAUCUUCAUCCCAUGAAAGCUCUGAUGUUGAUGUCUAAGAGCAGUUUUCAACCUCCUAAACUGAAAGACAAGGCACAAUGGUCUGCAGGGUUUCAUAGCUUUGUAAAGAUGUGUUUGACUAAGAAUCCUCGUAAGAGACCCACAGCUGAAACUCUGUUACAGCAUUCCUUUGUUACACAGCUACUGACCAGAAACCUUGUCAUUGAGCUUCUGGACAUGGCCAACAACCCAGAUCUCCACCAGGCACUCAGCAUUGAUGACAAUGAUCAUGAAGCUAAUGAUGCUACCCCGGAUAAGAUCCAGUCAAAGGGAAAGUGUCUACCGGUAGAGAGAAGUCUAUCUGAGGAACAGUUUGAUCAGGUCAAAUUUGCACCUCUGAGGAGGAAAGAGACAGAUCCAUAUCCCGAUCUGGAUUCAUGUGAUGACUGGAGCAUUUCAGGCGAUGAAACCGAAUCACCGAGUCUCCUGGAAUGUGUGGAAGAGGAACUGCAGCAGAGAAGCCUCACAAUAAAAACACAGCCGUCCUGUGAGUGGGGGAAGAGGAAAAGUGGAUUAUACAGUCCUCCACCAGUAUUAGCCACUGCAUCACUUCCUCCCAUGAGCCAUCAGCAGGGCGCAGAUCCAACUCUGAGGCCCAGUGCCACCCUAAAAUCUGAUACAACACUUCGGCCCAAAUCAGCUCUGAUAAGGUGCUCAGGCAGUCAUGAUGUACGGCAGUGGGACAGUGACCCUUGUGUUCCUGAGAAGGAUGAUGCUCAGGGCGAACAGCAAAGCCUUCAUACCAGCAAAGACACAGCUCUCUCUCCUGAGUGGAGUACGAUGAGAAAAAAAGCAGAAGAUUCGAGAGCUGAUUCUCACGGACUCCCUCCUACCCCCCAAGUCCAUAUGGGGGCCUGUUUCUCUAAAGUCUUCAAUGGCUGCCCAUUAAGAAUCCACUGUGCUGUGACAUGGGUUUUCCCUAAAACUAGAGAUCAGUAUCUGAUACUGGGUGCAGAGGAGGGGGUCUACACGCUCAACUUAAAUGAGCUUCAUGAAGACACUUUGGAAAAGUUACUUCCACAGAGAUGUACCUGGCUAUAUGUAAUGAACAAUGUCCUAAUGUCUGUCUGUGGAAAGUCAUGUCAGCUUUUCUCCCAUAGUCUAACUGCACUGUUUGAGCAACGAGGACAUGUCCAGAGGAAAACUAUUCACUUAUCCCUUAGCACCAACCGCUUUGCUGACAGAAUCAUUCACAGGAAGUUUGCAGUGUCACUAAAAAUCCCAGACACUAAAGGCUGUCGAAAGUGCAGUGUUGCUCGUAACCCAUAUACUGACAGCACCUUUCUUUGUGCGGCUGUACCCUCUGGGCUUGUUCUGCUCCUGUGGUAUGAGCCCCUACAAAAGUUCAUGCAUCUAAAGCACAUAGCUGUAAGUCUGCCUGACCCUCUGGUUAUUUUUGAGCUGCUGGUUUUGGUCACGGAUGAACUUCCUCAGCUCUGUGUAGGUGUGAGGGAAUGCCAAGCAAGAAGUGAUGACCCUCAGACAAAACAACAACUAAAGUUUGACAUAAUUGAGCUGAAUGGCACACCAAAAUCCAGUUCAGAUAUUGAACUUGUAAGAGCAGGGCAGGUAACACAGCUAGACAGAGAUACAGUCCUGAUUGCCCUAGAAAAAACAGUUAAGAUUGUCAAUCUGCAGGGUGUUCCAAGUAUGGAUUUAGCCUCAGAAAUGGAGUUUGAUUUCCCUAUCGAGACUUUAGUUUGUCUUCAAGAUAGUGUUUUAGCUUUCUGGAAACAUGGACUUAAAGGACGCAGUCUGCACAACUGUGAGAUAACACAAGAAAUCACAGAUGAAACACGAGUUUUUCGGGUUUUAGGCACAAACAGAGACAUUGUUUUACAAAGUACCCCAACUGACAACCCUUCAUCGUCCAGCAAUUUGUAUAUUUUAACUGGUCAUGAAAACAGCUACUGAAAGCAGCAAAACAAUGAGGAGUGGCCAAAGGAACUGGAGAUAGAAAGACGUAAAAAAAACCACUCUGGAAAACUAUAAAGUCUAUAAAAUGAUGUUUUAUGUUCGACUGUCUAUAAUUGCAAAUCUUCAUAAGUCUUUAUAAGUACAUAAGGGAAAAUAUGAUGGUCUGAGUAUUAGCAAAUACAGCAGUUUGUUACCCGCUGAUUGCUUUUGUUUCUUCAAGUAAAAAACAAAACUUUUCAGCAUUGACAAAUGCACAUUCUAUAAAUGCAAUGAAAAAACCCCAAUUAGAGCUAUAGAGGACUGCUUUUUCACCAUUCAUUCUGUCAUUUGUGUCCUUGCACUUUACCUUAUAAUGACAUAGUUCGUUUUAAGAUGGUACACUAAAAUGACUCUUAAAGCACUCUCUAAAAUCAGAUCUGACUGGAAUACAAACAGACUGAUUCAUAAAUAAUUUAUGUAAUUCAUAUGACAGCGUUUAUUCAUACUAACUGUACAGAGCUUAGCAGAAAAAUCCAAACUAAAAGGCUAGCAUAACAAUAUUUUAUUUAUAAGUUAACUGUUGCUUAACUGUUUACUGCCUUUUCAACAAAGGUGUUUGACUGACUGCUGUUUUACUGACUGCUGAUUGCAGUGCAAGUGGGAUUUAGUCCUCAAUUCCACCUUAAUUAAAGCAACUGAUGCAGCCUUGCUGUACUGUUUUAGCCUGUUCGUAUUUGACCGAUCUGACCUGCUCAUUUGUACUCUUAGCUUAAACAGAUAAGGCUCCAAAGCUUUAACUUUGGAACAUUGCUCUCAUGUCUGUCAUGGUUAACAUCUUGCAGAUUUCCAGCUAGCCAAGUUCAGUUUAACUGCACUGAAUAGCUGCAUUGUAUUCAGGAACUAUACUUUAAUAUAAACAUUUUAAUGUAGUUAAAAGUUGGUUGCUCCAUUCAGAGAAAAAUAUUUCUUAAACUUUGGAGAUGACUAAGUAUUUUCAAGGGAAACUACUAUCAUGAUGCUGACUUUUUUUUUUAUAAAUAUUUUCAGUAAAACUGUAAUUUUUUCUGUUGAUAUAGAUAUGGAUUUGUUUAACAAAUAUAAACUGGUACACAUGGGCAAAAAUAUUAAAAUAUUCCUUGUGGUUUUACCUCAUUUACAAAAAAGUGUUUCAAAUGUAAAUAAAGUUCAAUAGAUGUUUAAACAUGUUCUCACUUAGCAGGGUGGACUAUAAUCUCAUAUGAGGAUUCCUAAACACGUAUUACAUUGUUUUGUCUUCAGUUUCAGUUGCUGAUGAAAACUGAAGGACAAAAAUGUACAAGAAGUGGUAUUUCUUCUCAUGUAUUAACCCAGUUCCCCAUCACAGAAUUUCUGUCUUUACACACAUGCCUCCUAACUGGUCUGACCUUGGACUUAAUGUACUAGGACACCCAGUUCUGGGAAGAUUCAUAACUGUCUUAAAGGGUGUCCAUUUGUAAACAAUUCUCCUCAUUGUAGAAUGGUGACUUUCACACUUGAUGAUUAAAGAAUUUGUGCAUUUCAUCAACACCAGGCUGCUCUCAUCAUGAUUGUUACGUAGAAAUUGUGUACUUAUUUAUUCCCAGCUGGAAACUUAAAGUUGGUUUACUUUGGGGUGAAAUAAAUAAAUACAUUAUAAAAUA